ACACUCCACUUAAGGUUCGGUUUAUUCAGAGGAACGACCACAUCUGCUGCUGCUGCUGCUACUGCUGUUGCUGACGCUGUUACCAAUACCCCUUCUGCUGCUAGUCUCGCAGCUUCUGCUGGCACUACCGUAGCGAGAAGAUGAGGACUUUCCUGAAGGCGGCGCUACUGGUGACCUUCCUGUCCCUGUGUACAGGAGCCUCUGUAAAGGAACACCAGCUGAAGGAGCACACAGGGAACCAUGUGUUAAGUGAUGACUCUAGCUGUGAUUACAUCUGUGUUGCCACAGAUAACUGCAUCCCUUUCUCAUGGCUGUGUGACGGUGUUUAUGACUGUCCUGGAGGCGACGAUGAAGCUAACUGCGACUUCACUGAGUUUACUGACAUCGUUGAAACAACAGAUACUCCUAAUAACGAGUGUGAAGAGCCGUUUGACCUGAUCUACGGUCGCUGUGUGAUGGUCGAUCCUUUCACCUCCACUACCUGGGACGAGGCACGCUACUUAUGCGAGAAGUUUAGUUCUGAACUCCUGGUCAUCGACUCCCUAAACUUCUAUAGUAAACUGUUGCAGUUUAUCAGGGAGAAGGGUCUGGAUUCCGAGAGCUACUGGAUAGGCGCUUCUGACGCUGAAGAGGAGGGUGUGUGGAAAUGGGUUAAUGGAGAACCCGUGACCAUGGGUACACCAAUGUGGGCCCUUAAGUGUGAUUACAGUGAUACUUACACGCAGGAACCUGAUGUCAGUGCCGGUGUGAAUCAAGACUGCGCCUUCCUCGAUCAACAAAGAUUCUUCUACCUCAACGACGAUGUUUGCGACAACAAUAAGGGAGCCAUCUGUCAGUUGAAGGGGUGGGGGUCCUCAGCGAUUCGAAGACACGCAUACGACGCCUCGACGAACAAGGAAGUAAAGAGAAUCAAAUCGUUUGUUCACGAAAUUGCCAGGAAUCACAACGAAAGUCACGCAGGCGACGAAAAACGCUCUGUAGGAGGAGUUAACGAAGGGAAACAAAGCAAAGGAAAUCAAAAGAAUUUCACCCCGACGAGGGUGAAGGAUGGAGGCACAGGAAAAUAUAAUAAAGACACCAAAACACUCGGAGAGAAAGAGAUGAAGAAGAAGUCACUAAACCAAGAAAAUAAAGAAGUAAAGGAAGCUCACCCCAGCCACAACACUGUCCAGGAAGCUAAAGUGCCAGCUGUCCAGGAACCACAAUUAGCGUCAGCGCGGCACUCAGGUAUGGGUGGCACUCACCAGCGUCAUGAAGGUUAGAUACAAGAAAUAAGCCAUCAGAAGUACCUUAAUUUUUCCCUUAAAGAACAUUACAUCAACUCUGCAACAGAACAUCCUGAGAACACUGAGAACAACGAGAAUGUUCCAACAACACUAAGAAAACUAAAAGAACGUUUUGAGAACACUAACACCGAGAACGAUAAAAGAACACCGCAAGAACAUUCUGCUAUAAGAACUCUAUAAGAACAGCAUAUAAACAUUUUAAGAACAUUAAAUACAAAUGAAAUUCCCAGCAAUGAACAUCCGUGUUCGCAACUCUUAGGAUGUGAACACCAGUGAACAAAUUUAACUUAAUGAACCCUGCAAUUCAUGAAACAGAUUAAACUGAUGAGUAAAAGACACAUGUACAACGUUUCAUGUAUACAGUAAGCUUCUCCAGUCAAAUACACAAGCAACAGGAGUAAUAGCGAAGUAAAGAUGAUGUUAUCAGUCCAUUAACCUUGGAGAAACAGUAUCUGAGGUGGUCAGUCCCUCAGCCUGGAGAAGAAUUCUUCUUUCAUCUCCCUUUUUUUCAGUCUUUCAGAAUUUUAUGGCAUUUCUCGACUCUUCAGGCACAUAAAAAAUUCUCGGAAUACUCUCCUCUCAUCAUCAUUCAAAUAAAUAGUAUAUUACAUUA